ACACAAUAUUCAUAUUUUUUCUUUGAUGUUAUAAAGUUUCAUAUAUUCUUGUCAAAAAGUCUAAUGUUCUUUUUCUAGGAAUGGGGUUUUUCCAAGGAAGCUGAAAAAAGAUUUGAAGGCGCAGCUUGAUCCCGUUGUAGCUUCCCAGUUGGAUAGCAUUGUCGAGGUUCAGCAACUUGGAACAGGCAAUGGCAGCGCAACGCUCAAUAUCUUAGCUGAUGGGAAGCAAUUUGAGAAAGGAGAGUUGGGAAGUUUGAUAGCUGCGCUCACAGCUGGAGCAACAGCCGCUGGCGGAAUAUUGGUACCACCUACGCCAAAAUCCCGAAUGCCCCCUGCAAGCUGGCAUACCUUUGCACGAAUUGCUCCGUCUGUACGCGGAGUAUUGUUGGCGCCCUUCCAGAACGAAUAUAAUUAUCGACGCAUCAAUUCUCUUUUGGAUCGUGCUCACUGGACAUUAAAACAACGUUCAGCUGCAAUUACUGAAAUACUGGUUGCUGCAACUGCUAUGCUUCGUGUCGCAGCAGAUCAUGUAGGUCUUGAGCCUGCUCAAAUCGAUACUUUAGAAGUGGAAAAGGCUUUUGUUAUCUCUCUGAUCAAGUGUUUCAUCGAUGAGCCUGACUGGUUUAAAUGCGAUUUUUUCAAUAAAUUGAAUGAACAUCGAUUCAAGCCUUCGCUAGGUAACUUUUGGCGCUUUCAGAGCUGA